UCCGCUCGCACAGUGCUCGACGUCGAGCAGUCCGCGUACGUUCGCAACAACGUUUCAACAAAUUAACGCGGCGGCAGCGGCAGCGGCAGAUCGAGCGGCAAAUCGCACGCGACCGCGGCAACGCGCUUCCGUUACGCGCGUGAGACACGGUUUCUGCUUCCGGUAACGUUAUGUCGCACGUUACAACCCCUCUAUAACGAAGAAGUGCAGCGUGCUGGUUACGCGGCCGCGAUCGACGCGGAAGCGGUGUGAAGAGCGAGCGGUGCCCGGAGCGAGAGAGAGAAAGAAAGAGAGAGAAAGAGAGAAAGAGAAGGAGAGAGGAAGCGGUAUACGACAGUACUGUGUGUUCGAUACGCGAUAAUCUCGAAGAGUUCUUACGCGGUGCCGCGUGCUUCUUCCAAUCUUUGCCCCUUCAUCCUCUUCUUCUCCCUUCCCUUUUUCUCUCCGUCUCUCUCUCUCUCUCUCUCUCUCUCUCUUUCUCUCUCUCUUUCUCUCUCUUUACCCAUCUUUCGCUCCAAAUUCGCCCGAGCGCGAUCUCCCCUGUUUUUCUUUCACAUCCCUCUCCGUUUUCGCUCCUUUCUGUCAUUUUGCUCUCUUUAUCUCUCUGUCUUUCGGCCUGGCGUUCUUUCACGAUAUCGUGGUGAAAUGCGCGUGACCGGUCGCGCCUCGGAGCGACGGCGACGACGUGCCUGGCGUCGUUGGUGGUGCACGUUCCUCUGACAAGCACGAGAGACGCGCGACGGCACAUCCCCUGCAGCCCUCGCUACUAUGAUAAUAACGAGAAGCGCGGUGACGGCGGCGGCGACGGUGACGAGGACGACGACGACGACAGCAAGGUGGGCGCUACUCCUGAAGCGAGACACGCACUGCCGAUAUUACGACAACGUUGACGGACAACGGCGAUCAACGACGACGGCCCUACGUAGCGACGCUGUCUCGGCGAUGUUGUCUCGGGAUCGCGGCCGUCGCGCGUUACACAGGAACGACAGCAGCAACAGCACCGACCGGAUCCACAGCAGCGGCUCCACAGUAAUCGCGUUGGCGCUGCCGUACUACUACUAUCACUAUUACUACCGCUAUUAUUGCAAAUACGUAGCCGCGCUGCUCGUCGACGACGAGAACAAUCUGGUAAUAGCACGAAUCCCACCGCGGCGGAACGACGCGGACAAUAGCGAGGCAUUAGUGACAGCGAACAGUGACGAUCACCUUCUCAAUCGCCAGAAUGGACUGCGUUGUUGCGCGUGACCAAGUGCCUCGCUACUACUACUCGCCCAAUCGACGAUACGCACGAUGGCAUAUAGAUGCGAUGAUGAUUAAUGCGGCGAGUUGUGCAAACGAUAAUCCGAGAGAAUCGAUCUUUCGCGAGUCAGUAACGACCCGAUAGCCAGUCAAUCGGUAAUAAUAUAACGUGUACUAGAGUCAUUCUCUCUCUCCGCGCGAUCGAUCGUCAUCGCGCCGGUAUACAGAGAAAACAGUGUUACAGACGAGCGCGUAGAAACUCGUGUCACGUACGGUCAUCGGCCAGUGUACACACUGGGUAGUGGGUGGAAAGGGGUGGACCGGGCUAUAGGAGAGGAACAGAGGAGGAGCUAGGUCGCCCGUCGAUCUAGAUAAGCCGUGUAAGCGCGAUAAGGUACGGUCGAACAUUUCGUCCUGAUCGCGAUUAACCUGUGACAGACUGUAAACAAGAUUUUUACAACUGUUUUCUGUACAACAUCAAGUAAUCGGAGAA